AUGUCAGUGACCAUCAACUGCACCUUUAAGACACAAGGUUCCUCUUUCUCCGUGAGAUGGUAUUUGGGCUGUGAUAAUGGCACACCUUUUGAUAAUUCACCUUGUUACCAAAACCGAACGAGCUUCCAAAACCUCAACCGACAGCUGAUCCUAUCCAACGUGACAGAGAGUGACUCAGGAACAUACUGCUGUCAUGUGGAAUUGGCCAAUGGGAAGACGGGAAAUGGAACUGGAACUAGGCUGGAAGUGUCACCAGUACAAUGUGAUUCAGGUAUUCCCGAGCUCAUUAAAAAACAUGUAAUACCAUUGUGUGUUAAGUGAUAUUAUUUAACUCCUGAAAAACCAAGGGUCACUCAUCAAAUCACUUUAGUUGCAGCAAGAAAAUCUAUUUUACACAACUUUAUUUCAGCAGAUUCUACACUUCAGCAGAUUUUACACUUUUAGAGUGGAUUGGUUUGAGGGACUCUCACACAGAGAUAGCGAAUAGUAACACAAUCUGACAAUCUCAAAUGAAAGGACAGAGGGCAAUUGAAUAUGCCAACUGAUUCAUUCAUAGGAUGUUCAACUAUCAUUUUAAUAUAGAAAAAGAAGGUCCAGGAACUCCAAUGCUUAUUGGGCGCUCGUUUAUUGGGCGCUGAUAGUUGAGCGCUGAACUUUCCUCAAGCCGAUGUUUGGCCCUGUCCUGUCCCGUCUCCUUACUGAUUUCAGCCAAUCCAAUGCUUUCCCUGUGAGAAAGCAUUGGAUUGUCUGAAAUCAUAAAUUCUGAUGAUGUCAGCAAGGAGGUGGAUGGAGGGCAGGGCCAAAGCCGGUGGACACACGCGGUGCUGCAAAUAAGAUACAUUUUAUUACCUAUUAAGGAGAAGAGGGGUAAAGCCACCUAAAUGGCGGUUUUAACACUAUAGGGUCAGGAAUACAUGUUGUGUUCCUUUAAAAAUCAGACCUCAGACAGUCCUCUUUAUCACAGAUCACAUUCAUAAUUGGUCCUGUUAACAUUUUAAAGUGAUUUCUGCCAAUAAUUCAGACACUUCCUACUAAUUAUAAUAAAAAACUUACUGAUUUUAAGUUUCCUUGCAAUUGAAACAUCACAUUAACAGAAAUUAAAUUAUUUGAAUAAUUGAAAAAUUAAAAGGGUUAUUCCCUAAAUUGAGAAUUUUCAGGAAUUUAAAGUGAACUUUAAAGGAACUGUCACGGUUCACUCCUUAGUUGAUAUGUCUUCGUGCUAUACCCAUACUCACCACUCUCACUGUUUGGCACUGUUCCUCAUUUCUUUUCACUUUAGCACUUCAGCUGGUCCUUGUUAAGCACCUUUAUAGUUUGGUUUCCUGGUUAAUGUGAUUCUGACUCUGCACGCUUCCAUCCUGUACCCUGCAUCCCUUGGUCCUGUAUCCAGCAUUUCUUGGUCCUGUGUUCCCGUGUCUGCUGGUCAUGUGUUCCCGUGUCUGCUGGUCAUGUGUUCCCGUGUCUGCUGGUCAUGUGUUCCCGUGCCCGCCUUGUCCUGUGUUCCCAUGUCCUCUGGUCCUGUGUUCUUCUGGUCGUGUGUUCCUGCGUGCUUUGGUUCUGUGUUCCUGUCCUCUGAUCUCAUCCAGUGACUCUGACCCAGCAUCCUUUGUUCAUAUAUCCUGCUUCUGGCCUUGUUUCCUGGUGUCAUUGUAUCUGUCUUGUGGCUCUGGACCUGUGUCCUGCCGAUUGCUCAUGGUGGCUGCACGAUCCUGCCCAAGCGUAUUCCUUAUACCAAAGGACUGUUCUGUAUACUCUGCCUGCACUAUUCGUGCUAAUCCUAGUUUAUUGUAUAUAUUUGUUUUUUGGCAUUGUAUAUUGUUUUUGUUAUCCUUUGUCCUUUGGUUUUCAUGAUAAUAUAUCUAUAUUUACUCAAUUCAUUGUGUCUUGGCAUUUACUCUCUGCAAAUUGGGUUCCCACACUUAAUGGGAUAUUGCUGUUCCAGGACAGCAACCCUUCCUGUCCUGACAGGAACACUAUAGCGUCAGGAACACAAACAUGUAUUCCUGACCCUAUAGUGUUUAAUCCACUAUUUAGCUGGCUUGCCUCCCUUACUCCCUCUUAGAUAUUUUGAAACAUACUUUAUUUCCAGUGCCGCACGGGUUCACCAACGCUGGCCCCACCCCCGAUCUGUCCCUCUUCUUGACAUCAUUAGAACUGCUGAUUGGCUGAAAUCGGCAAGGGGUGGGCAGGGCCAAGCGUCGUUUUGGUCAAUCAGCACCUUCUCAUAGAUACAUUGAAUUAGUGCAUCUCUAUGAGGAAAAUUCAGUGUCUUCAUGCAGAGCGCGGAGACGCUGAAUGCUAGUGCUGCCUACUGUGCAGCACUGCCACAGGAAGUACCUCCAGUGGCCAUCUGAGGAGUGGCCACUUGGAGGUGUCCCUAGGGGGCAAUGUAAACAGUGCAUUUUCUUUGAAAAGACAGUGUUUGACUUAAAAUGCCUGAAGGGAAUGAUUAUACUCACCAGAACAAAUACAUUAACUUUUAGACUAAACUAGUUGAACUGGAAGCAUAGCAUAAAGAAUAGAGAAUUUUUCCAAUUCAGCAAUUUUGGCCUUAAAUCUGAAAUACACCUUACAUUCACUUUGAAUUCCAGGCAAUUCUCACAUUAGUAAAGAACUAAAAUUAAUUGCACAUAUGAUAAACACAAAAUGCAGAUAUUUAUGUGAAUAAAACCUCUUCCCAUGUCUGUGCAUUACAUUAGGAUAUUAAUUUGCAUCUCCUCAAUUUCAGUGAAUAAAUCUUCGAAUAGCUCCAUACUAUACAGCGUUAUCGGAUUCGAAGCUUGUGUCAUCAUUAUCCUGCUGGCAGCGCUAAUUAAAAUCCGUUCCCGGGGUAAGUCUGCUAUGACGUCUAGCCUUUUAUAAAUAUUUCUGAGUGUUAGGUGGUUGUCUAAGAGACAGUCACUAGAGGCAGUCUUAAUCCUGCAAAGUAAUGAUUGCAAUUUCUCACAAACUGCAGUGUUUUACAUUGCAGAACUAAGGGAGACAGGGACGCUGCACCCAGACUACUGCAAUGAGAUGAAGUGGGCUGGGUGCCUUUAGUGUCCCUUUAAAUUAGAAAUUAACUUUGAAUUCACUUUAAAUACUCACUUUAGUGAGUCACUCUGAUAAUAACCACAUUUAAAAGAAAAUGUCAACCUCGCUUGUCAAUUUUCCAAAAUUUAACAAGUAACAGCCAGAUAUAAAUGUAGAGAAGUGUAUGCCUCCCAUCACCUCAAGCCAGCCUGAGGAUUAUGACUUUUGGUUUAUUGCUUGUUCUUAUAAACUGAAAUGUGUGCUGGAUCCUAUCUAUGACGGUAAUAAUAAUCUUGGAGCAAUAUGUCAAUGACACAGUAAAUUAUGUUUUAUUACUGCUGGGGAAUUGUGGACUGUAUAAAGUACUGCGUGUUUCAUUGUAUUGAAAACGAGAUAUUAAAUGGUUUAUAUCUACCUGUACAUAUUAGAUACAAUGUCAGAUAUCUAGGGUUUCCAAAUCAGGGUUUAACAAGUUCUUGCUAAUUUCCCAUAUUUGUGGUCAAAGUUUAAGCGUACUGGCUCUAUGAAUGAUCACUGUGCAUAUAGACAAUGGCGAAAUAUAUGCACAAAACAAACAAAACUGGCCAAGGCCCAAUAUUUCUGUGAAAAUCUGAACAGUAACAUCUCAAACCCUAGAAACUUUUGGAAAGUCAUAAAUAAACUACAAACUCCCCCAAUCCACUCCCAACUCUCCACUGUCAAAGUGGGUAACCAAACCCUGCAACUUCCCUUAGAUGUAGCAAAUGCCUUUAACAAUUAUUUUGUCGGAUGCUCUACUGCCCUGAUUGCCAAGCUAAUAAAUGACACGCAUCCUGAAACUACAAAUGUGGAUCAGGCCCCACUAAAUUUGCAAAGGCCCAAUAUAGACAAGUUCAAUUUUAGACCUGUACCUGUUAGUGUCAUUAAAAAACAUCUUAAAAAUCUAAAAAUGAAAAACCAGUCCGGACCUGAUCAAAUCCCAGCAAUGCUGUUGAAGCUCAGUGCGCCGGCAAUUGCUAAACCCGUCUCAACCCUAAUUAACGAAUCCUUGGUGUCUGGAUACAUACCCAAACUUUGGAAGACUGCGAGAGUAGUGCCUAUCCAUAAAAGUGGUGACACUACUUUGGUUUCUAACUAUCGCCCAAUAUCAUUGCUCCCUGUAUUGUCAAAAAUCUUAGAAAAAUGUGUCCAUACGCAACUUUGUGAGUACUACCAACAAUUAAACUAUCUGACCCCUGAUCAAUCGGGCUUUCGCCAGAAUCACUCCACUACAACUGCCCUCCUAAAAGUUUGCAAUGACAUCCAAACUGGCAUGGAACAAGGAGCCCUAACUGGAGCUAUUUUCCUUGAUUUUGCUAAGGCCUUUGACACAGUAGACCACGACAUUCUACUGCACAAACUAGAAAACUCAGGUAUUGGUGAUCAUUCUCUAAACUGGUUUCGAUCGUAUGUAUCGGAUCGCUCGCAAUAUGUGUCCAUUUCUGACAGUGACUCCCUCCCUCUCCCAGUCACGUGUGGUGUUCCCCAGGGUUCCAUUCUCGGCCCCCUACUAUUUACAUUAUUUAUAAAUGAUCUGCCUAAUGUCUGCCAAUCCUCAAAUGUACACAUGUACGCAGAUGACACGGUAAUCUAUGCGAGCAAAUCCAAUCUACCGCAACUUGAGGCUUUGCUCCAAGACCAGUUUACAGAGGUAGAAAAGUGGAUCGCAAAAAACAAACUCUUCCUGAACACUGACAAAACUGUCACAAUGAUCUUUGGAACAGUACCUAAAUUACACAAAUUACACAAUUCCCACCUAUCCAUCAAAACAAAUUCAAAUGGCACACUGACCGCAGUCCACUCUUUCAAAUACUUUGGUAUGAUAUUAGACCCCAAUCUAUCUUUUGGCCUGCACAUAGAAAAGCUUGCAUCUAAACUUUAUCCAAAAUUAGGUGCCCUGUACAGAAACAAAGCCUGCCUAAGCCCUACAGUAAAGGAAAAGAUUGUACAGCAAAUGCUGAUGCCAAUCAUUGAUUAUGGGGAUGUAGUAUAUGCAUCUGCAUCGCAAUCCCACAUUAAUAAACUCAACACAUUGUAUAACUCGUUCUGCCGAUUUGUGCUACAAUGUAAUUACAGGACCCAUCAUUGUGACAUGCUAAAGGAACUAAACUGGCUAUCGCUGGAAUCCAGACGCACCCUUCAUCUUUCCAGCCUUGUUUUUAAGAGCUUUUCUGGGAAACUCCCACCCUACCUGAACAAAAUGCUUUCCCCAGCUGUUCCCACUUUCUAUAAGCUCCGAUCCAGUACAAGCACUUUACUUAGUCUACCUCAAUACAAAAAGAAAGCGGCCCGUUCCUCCUUCUCCUACAGAGCACCGCAAUUGUGGAAUGACCUCCCGCACAAUUUAAAAUCUUCCCCAAGCCUAAAGUCUUUUAAGAGAUCCCUCUCUACAUACCUCAAAACAGAAUGCACGUGUCAUGGUUGAUUAUAUAUUUCCUGCCUGUUCUAUGUUAAAUUUUGUAUAUAUUGUGUAUUAAUAUUGUUUUUGUAUUUUGUUGUACCUAAUGUAACAAUGCAAUGAUUUGUGGACCCAGGACAUACUUAAAAACGAGAGAAAUCUCAAUGUAUCUUUCCUGGUAAAAUAUUUUAUAAAUAAAUAAUAUAUGAAAAGUGCUCCCUAUUAGUAUAUAGCAUUCAAAUGCUGUCUGAGGGCAAUACUAAUGCACUAAUCACUCCUCAAUUAAUUGAUUUUCUUCCUGCACUAUGUGAUUUAUCCAUAUUGCAGGGCAGAGUUUUUUUACGUGCUGAAAGCAGCGUGAGAAAUAAAUGUUUCCAUGAAAAUUUGAUGGAUCUGCCAACCCUAUAGGUAGAACUACAGAAAAUGGGAUGGGCUAGCUCCAAAUUCAAUCUAUUAAAGGGACAUUAUAGGCAGCCAGACCACUUCAACUCAUUGAAGUGUUCUGGGUGCAGUGCCCUUAUUGCACUUAGUGCUGUCAUGUAAAACAUUGCAAUUCCAGAGAAUUUGGCUUCCGGGCUGUUACCGGAUAUUUGGUCCGGUAAUUGGCGCUGGAUGUCCUCACGCUCUGCAUGAGGAUGGGAUUCUGUAAGUAAAUAAAGGGUGUUUAACCCUUCAUCCUUUAUUCACCGGGGUGGGGGCGCGAGGGUGGGGGGAGUAAGAUGGAGCAAUAGUGCCAGGAAAGCACUAUAGUAUCCCUUUAACUCAAGGAAUGCUUCAUGGUAAAUGUUUUAGUGCAAUACUAUUGACAAGCAAAAUGAAAUGUGAUGCAGCAAUUUGGGCUUCUUAGGAUCUGUAAAUGAUUGCAGGUCUUGUAUCCAUCCAUCCCUGAUUAUACAAUACACAUACAUGGGGGUUAAAUGGCUCCACCCUUUGUGAACACUACGUGUAGGUGAUCUGGGUUUACACCACUCUAAGGACCAACCAACCAACAGGCCAGAAUUUCUGUCUUAGCAUAGGUGAGUUAAUCAGAUCAGCAUUGAGUCAUGGUGUAUAUCGAUCACCUUACAUUUCAAACUGUUCCAUAUGUGUAAAAUAGAAAGGAUAUGUCACAUCCUGUUCCUAGCUGCGGAUCAUUCUGGCAAUGGCUUCUGGUAUCCAGUACUCUUUUUCCAAUUCUUGUUUAGUUUUUCUGGUUCUCUAUUCCAUAUUUGGUUUUCUUUAUGCUGGGAUUUCUGGGUUCAUUCCUGUAUUCCGUUCCUGGAAUUCCAAGUCUCUUGGAUUCCUUUAAAUGUUUGUUUUAUGUUGCCACACCCGUUCCUUUUCCAUGAUUCCUUUUGUUUAAGUUGGUCCCUGCAGGCAGUUGCUCAAGUUCUCUGCCCUUUCUUGCAGGUAAGUGCUGUGUGUGUUUUAUUAUGGUUUAUUUAGCAGACAUUAGGCAGUGUAGGACCUGCCAGAUAUGGGGUACAUUGGCGUUGUGGUAGGCUUAUGCAAUGUAUGAUCAUAUAAUGUGACUAAAUCCCCAUAGUUUUUCUCAUAUAGUGCUUAGUUAUGUCUCCCCUUGUUUUGCCUAUUAUAUCUUGUCUUGUUUUAUUUUGUAUUCCCAGUCUAUGUACAGUCCGGUCCUGUCCUGCCCAUGUUAUGUUAAUGUUUCCCUUAUGUAUUGUGUACAUGUUCUGGGUUUAGCUUCCUAUCCUUCUCUGGUUCUGGUUCUACUAGUUCUGUCUUGUUUUCAUGUUUGGUGAAUAUCCUAGCCUUGCCUUGUUUCUGUACUGGAUACACUCCUGCUGCAGAGCCUCCCUAUUCAGCUCCUGGGAGGUCUGCUUAAUUCCUGCUCCUAGCUUUUGGGAUCUGCAGUACCUGCAUCAGGGUUCUGGUAUGUGGCCGCACAAACGCUGGUGCUCAACACCAGGGGGUGUGCCGUUACCCUGCACCAGACCCUGCUAAUCCACUUCCACACUGUGACUACUACUUCAACAUCAGGCAUACUGGGUCCCGGUUGUUCCGACCGCUGCUCAGACAGUGUCUGGGUCGCGGUCAGCGGCCCGCCACCCCGACAGGCUAGUUGUCUAAUAUAAGUAAAGUGAAAUAUGUCACAGUGAGUUAUAUUAAACUAUGCAGACUCCUCUGUCUGGUUAAUGACAGCUUGAUUAACCGUAAGGUUUCUUUUAUAGGUCCGACUGACUCCAAGAACAAGGUGAGUAGACUCAUUAUUUCAGUAUGAUCUUAAUAACAAAGACCAUCUCAUUAGAAGGGUUUGGAUAACUAAAGUGGAGAGGCUGUCUCUUUACACAGUAAGCCUUCUUCCCAAUAAAGUGUUGCCUGUCGACUCCAGUGCGUGACUGCUUUCUAAAGAGUGAGACUGCUUUCUAAAGAGUGAGACUGGUGUCUAAGGAAGACUGAGAUUCAGUAAGUGACGUUGCUUUCUAGUGUAAUAAAUUAUUAUUCCCAGUUAGUGACUCUACUUGAAUUUUGAUUGGCUGAAUUGAACGAGAUUGCAAGCUUUUAAGAUCAUAUAAAUAUAAUCUGCAGGAAUAUUACCUUAUACAGCCAAAAUAACGUAAAAACUACAUAUUCAUCGUGUUUCUUGAAAGAACUGGAAAACAUGCGUUUGGUGUAAGAGAUAAGAAGUAACAAGUUAGAAAAAUUACCGUGCAGGCAGCAUUAUGGAGAAAGCAUUUUUACAACGAAUGAAUAACAAUUUAAUUGUAUUACCUUAGUUAUACCUUCGGAGAACAAGCGAAUGCACUAUUAUUUGUUUGUUCUCUUUUUCUCUAAACAAUGUUAUUAUCAUGCAUUCGUGGUAACUAUGUAUAUUUCUAUAUUUUCUUGUACAUACUGCACAAUAAGGUUGUUUUAAAAAUCACUGGUUAUAGUGCUAGAUUUUUUUUUUUUCCUGUCUCAGUUUAUCAGAUUUUCUGUUUAAGCUGUAAUGUAUAGUUGGGGAAUUUUUCAAAAUUCGCAGUUUUAGCCUAAAUUUUGCAAAUCUGUUUUAAAUUCACUACAAUUCAAUCUUUAUGUCAGGAUUACUGUUUGAUCCAGCACGUAGAACUGUAUAGCACGGAUGACAAAUAAGUAACGUAUUACCGGUCCUUAGAAUGGUCGGAUUUAACGUACAAAGAAUAGUCAAAAAUACUAGCCGAGGUCAGGGAACACAGAAAGGGACACAGCGAUGAGGAAAGCCAGGAGUCAGGAUACCAGAAUAUAGAGAAGUCAAUAAACAAAGCCAAAGUCAAAAACCAGGUAGAAAACUAUAAACAGGAACGCGCUCUCGGACAACCACAAGGGAAACCACGACAGGGCACUGAGCAGGCUGAGAACUGGGCCUAAAUACCCCUCCUUUCUUUCUGAUAGGCUGUAACCGGCCUUUGACCCCAAAGUCAGUUACCAGGUUUCAUUUGUAUAAUUGCUGCUCAGCAUUAACCCUUCUGUGGAUUAGGUUGCUGCUCGGCACAACUUUUCCUGUGUGGACAGUAAAUGUCAUUAACCACUUUUCUAUAAGCGGAUGAAUACAUGAGACCAGGUUUCAUUUGCACAAUUACUGCUCAGCAUUAAACCUUCUGUGGAUUAGGUUGCUGCUCGGCACAACUUUUCCUGUGUGGACAGUAAAUGUCAUUAACCACAUUUCUAUAAGCGGAUGAAUACGUGACACUUUAUCCCUCAAAAGGCAAGUUUACAGCGUUUCCCCUCAGACAGGCCCACAGGCAGGUGUGAUUAAUCAGUAUUUGUUUCUACAUUUUACAGAGCAAUUACAAACUCGACCGUACGAUAUUCCUAAUCAAUUGUUGCAGCAACGUGUUCCUUCGCUGACUGAUUACUCUCUUUCAGGUCACAGAGGAUCCGUAUCAGAGCGUUGGGCAAGGCGUUCACUAUGCCGAGAUCUGCAAGCAAAGUACGUCUCAGCGUGCCAAGGCCAGAAACAUCGAGGAGAACAUAAUGUAUGCAUCUGUCAAACCUGGGAAAUAAAAAGUCCCAAAUGGCACUCUAUCACUGGAGAAAUAUACCCUUGUCAAAUGGGUAUAAAGGACCUGAAGAUGGAAGGAGAUGUGUGA